AUGCAUAUUCUCGAGAGCGAUCCUAAUAAAGCUGGCUUGAGAAGUGAGAUAGUGGUGCUUGGAACAGGUCCGACGUGCGCGCGGGGCAGAGUCGUGCGGCGGCCGGCAGCGGAGACCCAUCGGCCACGGCUCACCACUCAGUGCACGCGCUGCCUUGCCGCCGCCAGCCUGCGUGGUCUCACCACGACACGAUACGCCGAUAUCGGACACUCCGAAGUGGUCUGUGAGGUGCGCACUAGCCGCGAGGCGCGAGGGUGUGAUGCGAGGGACGCGCAGCGGCGUGUAGCCGCGACAAUGCCAGCCUGUGUCCCGCUGCGCCCACUGCACGCGCCCUACCUGCUGUGUCUCCUUGCCAUGCUGGCCGGCCACGUCCUGGCCGACGGCUCCACACAAGGCGUUAUCAAAGGCCAACGAGCACCCUGUUCUAACGAAGGUGAAACUGUUCGUCUCCAAGACCAGAGACUAGAGCAAGACUGGAGCAGUUGCUUUCGUUGCAUCUGUAAGAACGGUUUUGUGGAAUGUCGGAAAGGUGCAGAAGAAUGCAGCUUGAUGGAUGACUGUGCGGUAAUCAUGCCUCGGGAGGGCUGCUGUGCGCGUUGCAAGGGAUGCUGGUAUAAUGGCACAGAACACCUCUCUCACACUGAGUGGAACGAAGAUGGCCAACUGCUGCGCUGUGAAGCUGGCGUAGUUACUAUAUCUCGACCAGAAUGCUAUGCGCCAUGCGACAGUCCGAAACAUCAACGACAUACGCACUACAAUUGCCCUGUUUGCGAAGAGUGCAUCGUUAAUGGCCAACGAGUCUGGGAGGGCCGUGAUGUGCGUAUUCCUGAAGAGCCAUGUUUGUCUUGUCGGUGUAUGCGCGGUGCAUUGUCUUGCACCAAACGAGCAUGCCCAGUACUGCCAUGUGUGAGGUCCCAGCAAUACACACCGCCCGGUGAAUGCUGUCCACGCUGCAUGCAUCCUACAGCGGAUAAAAUUCUUCCAAUUUCAGGAUUUUCGUUACCGAAACCAUGUAUAAUUGGAAAAGAAUAUCACGCACAUCUCAGCCCGUUCCAAGUAGACCCAUGUACGGAUUGCAAGUGUAUGAAUGGUACCGCUGUUUGCACUCGGCACACUUGUCCAGUGUUGACUUGUGGGGCUCGAGCGUUGCCCCCUCUCCCUGGUAAAUGCUGUCCUGAAUGCCCACAAAUUGAAGAAGCCAAAGCAGCUUGUGUGAUAGCAGGCAAGACAUACCAGGACGGAGAAACUUGGCAGUUAGAUGCUUGUAAAUCGUGCGAGUGUCAUGGAGGAGAACCGAGAUGCGCUAUGGAACGAUGUCCAGUGUUAAGCUGUCCACCUGACCAAACACUUCGACAGUUACCAGGUCAAUGUUGUCCAAAGUGUGUCGAUAUUGAUGGUAUAUGCACAGUUUUUGGUGAUCCCCAUUACAAAACGUUCGACGGAAAGUUUUAUAGUUUUCAAGGAUCAUGUAAAUAUCAAUUAGUGUCUGAUUGUAAAAAUCAUACCUUUUCAAUAAGAAUAUCAAAUGACGCCAGAAAUACUUCACAUUCAUCGUGGACACGUACUGCAACGCUUCGGAUUGGGUCCACAAAAAUUAAUAUGGGUAAAAAGAUGCGUAUAAAAGUGAACGGGCAAAGAAUAAGUCUACCGCAUAUAAUAAAAGGAGUGGCCGAAAUUAAUCGAAGCAACGGAUCUGUCAUAUUAAAAUCUGAAAUAGGUGUGCAAUUGUUAUGGGAUGGUGAUGGAUUUUUGGAAGUAACAGUAUCUAGUUUAUAUAAAGGCAAACUCUGUGGCUUAUGCGGAAAUUUUAAUUCAGUGGCCAGAGACGAUAUGAAGUCACGGAAUGGAAAGCUCUUAAAUGAUACCUGGAGAUUUGGAUCUUCAUGGCGUGUGGGAGGAUAUCGUGCUUGCACUCGACGACAGGAACGCCCUGGUGGGAUUUCUCGAUGUCGACAAUCAAAAUUGUCGAAAGUACGACGAUUAUGUCGGGCAUUUGACCGGCACGAAGCAUUUGCAGAAUGUGGUGCGAAAGUGAAUCCACACAAUUAUAAGGAAGCAUGUCUUCUUGAUGCUUGUAGUUGUACAGGUUAUCGAUGUCAUUGUGCUGCAUACAGAGCAUAUGCUAGAGAAUGUACUCGAGUGCUAUACCUAAAAGAAAUAACAGUCGAUCAAGACCCCCACCUCCAAUUCUUCAUUAACUUUUGCGGCAACACAAAUACUAGUCAAUCCUGCCAGUGUAGUAAUGUGAGCAUG